AUGUGGGGUAGUACUUACUCUAAAAGGAUUGAAUUGGCCCUCAGAGUUAAAGGCAUACCCUAUGAAUACGUAGAGGAAGAUUUGAGCAACAGGAGUCCAUUGUUUAAAAAUUGUAUUUUUGCACAUUACAAGCUGAAAUGGUAUGAUUUAUACAUGCAGUUGUCUGAAGCUGUAAAGAAACUUAGCACAAGUGAUGAGGAUACAAAAGAAAAAGCAAUUGAAGAAGUGUUUGAGAAAAUGGAGGCGUUGGAAAAAGGAUUGGGAGAACUGUUUCCAGAGGGCGCUCCCAAAAUGGAUGGCUAG